GGACAACAAGGUCCAGGAGGUUGGGGAGGCGGCGGAAGAGGAGGCGGAUGGGGAGGUAAGAGUUGAUUUUACUUUGCAUUGAAUUCAUUAUUACUCACAUCACGUUAUGUAUCACAUUGUUUUUUUCUUGGAAAUCGAAAUAUUCGGGAAAUUGAUUCACUUUUUCACUACUAAUUCAGGUCAUGGUGGUGUUGGAUGGGGUGGUAGAGGUGAUGGUGAGUUGGAGUGUUUAGCAACCUUUGUUACCAUAAACAGCUCAUUAAUUGUUUUAUGUUAAUUCGUUAUAACCUUGUACAUUCUCGUUUUUUUUUUAAAUAACCCAAAUUAAUUUUUCCCCGAUUUUAUAAUUUUGCAAAUAUUAUUCCAGGAUGGGGACGUGGAUCCCGCUGGGGAUGGGGACGCCCAUCAUGGGGUGGAUGGGGACGUGGAUGGUAAAUGUCUUCAAUAUCAACUUUAAUUUCAAACUAACUGCAAUUGACACCUCAAUCAAGUUUUGAUUCGGAAUCCCUAAUGUAUUACCUUUUUGUUUUGCAAUACUUUUUGGCAAAAGUACUAUAAUAAAAUCGUUGUUUUUUCUUGUUUAAUUUGUUUGCUUGAUAUAAUAUAUUUAUAAAUGUUACCUUCUCAUAGUUUCCAAGACGUCAUUAUUGUUUUGCAAUCUCCUGUUUCCUGUAUUUUUCUAUAUACGACCGCCACUAGCAGUUGGUAAUACCCAACGGUCUCUACGUCAUCUAUGUUAUUCUAGCCUGCUGUCUGCCUACCUGUCUUCCUACUCAUUUCCUAUUCACCAUUGUCUCCCUUAACCUCUUCCUAAAACUCAAAGCGGUUUCUUUUGACUUACUAUUAGAAAAAUUAUGAGGCCGCAAAGAAAUAGCAGAGAAGAUCAACUACAGGAACAACUAAAUAAAAUCAAACGGGAAUUGGACAACUACAAACUUGAAAAUUUUCUGUUGAAAGAAGAAUUAAUCAUUUCUCAAAGUGCCAUUCUGUUUGUGGACGAUCAAAAUAAGAAACUUGUGAAAAAGUGCCAAACUCUGAAGAAAAAUGGAAAGCCUAAAAGAAUGGGAAUACUGGGAUCUUUUACAAAUUGGAUUAAGUCUUUGUUUUGAAAUUAUACAGUUUUCUAUAUAACGUUAAAUAAAAUAAAUUAAUACAUCCAUUUGAAAAAAUUGCUAACGAGUAAAAGUAUUCGGUA